AGACGCAGCGGUGGGUGGGACUUUCCCCAGCUGCGUGCCGGCCGAGUCGGACGGGUUGAAAGCGACCGGCGGCGGUUGGUUUCCCCGGCAGCCGGGGGGCGAUGGCGGGGGGGAAGGUGAAGGCGCUGGCCCUAGUGCUGGAAGAUGAGGCCCGGCGGGGCGGCUACGCGAGCGGGGACACGGUGUCGGGCCAGGUGCUGGUGGAGCUGGCGGGGCCGCUGCUUCUCCGGGCCCUGCGGCUGGAGGCCACGGGCCGGGCCUGGGCGGCCUGGAGCAAGGGGUCCGCCCGGGUCUCCUCUGCCCGGGCCCGCGGGGGCGCGGGGCGGAGCGUCCCGGGGCCCCGGCGGGAGGCCGAAGUGCGGUACCUGGACAUCCGGCAGAGCCUCCUGCGGCAGCCCCCGGAAGGUGAAGAUGGCUUAUUCCUGUUAGAAGCUGGAAAACAUGAAUUCCCAUUCAGCUUUCAACUUCCACAGGAACCUUUGGUGACCUCUUUUAGUGGAAAGUAUGGCAGCAUUCAGUACUGUGUGAAAGCAAUUCUGGAAAGGCCUGUGGUACCUGAUCAAAGUGUAAAGAGAGAACUUCAGGUUAUCAGCCAUGUUGAUGUCAACUCGCCAGCUUUCUUGAUGCCUGUUUUGAGAAGCCAGGAGAAGAUGGUUGGCUGUUGGUUUUUCACCUCUGGUCCAGUCUCUCUGAGUACCAAAAUUGAGAGGAAGGGAUAUUGUAAUGAGGAAGCCAUACCAAUCUAUGCAGAAAUUGAGAAUUGUUCCUCUCGUUUGAUUGUUCCAAAAGCUGCCAUUUUCCAAACACAGACUUAUCUGGCCAGUGGGAAGACAAAGACUUUCCGUCAGAUGCUUGCCAAUGUACGAGGAAACCCUAUUGCUUCUGGGAGUACAGAUACCUGGAAUGGGAAAACUCUGAAAAUUCCACCUGUAACCCCUUCGAUUCUUAACUGUUGUAUCAUCAGAGUAGAGUAUUCUUUAGCUGUGUAUAUCCAUAUUCCUGGUGCUAACAAGUUGAUGAUUGAAUUGCCACUGGUAAUUGGCACAAUUCCAUGUACUGGGUUUUCAAGCAGGAACUCCAGUGCCGGCCAGUUCAGCGUGGACAUGAGUUGGUUGGCACUGACCAUGCCAGAACACCCUGAAGCACCACCAAAUUAUGCUGAUCUAGUAUCUCAGGAAGAAUUCUCUAGACAUGUUCCUGCUUAUUCACAACCAGUUGACUGUGAGGAACAAUUAUGUGGUCAUAUGUUUGCGUAUAUACAGGAGUUCCGGUUUCAGCCUCCACCUCUCUAUUCAGAGAUUGAUCCACAUCCUACUCAUAUAGAAGAGAGACAAUCUGUUUCAUUCAUGCUCUAAACAAUAUUUGAAAUAGCUGUAUUUGUGAUGAAAUUGAAUCCCUUAUGCUUCAACUGUUAGUAAAGCUAAAAGGAAACUGCUUUCCCAUUAAGAGCUUAAGUUCAGAAACAAAGUGCAGAGGCAAUUGGAGUUGGAAGUCUGAGCAUGCUUGGUGUUUAAAAGAAUCUCUUUUGGAUUAGUCUGCAUAGGAUAUGUGGAUGUCAAAUUAUGUGAC